AUCCGCCCCUCCACUCCUCUUCCUCCUCCGCUUCCGCACCUCACCCGCUCCGGACCAGAGGCGGAGCACGAGCUGCACGAGGUCCGUCGAGGAGGAGUAGCGAGCAAGCCGCGCCCGGGCCAUCCGUGCCGUGUAUCGUUGUACUAUCAUAUACCAGGAAGGAAGAGACCGAUGGCCCCGAGCUACGAGAUGGCCGCCUCCAUCCUGCUCUGCGCCGAGGACAGCAGCAGCAUCUUCGGCUUCAGCGACGGCGAGGAGGUGGAGGCGGCGGCGGGAGCGAUGGCGGGCGGGUCACCGUACUGCGGCGGCGGCGGCGAGCUGGCCGUGGAGUUCCCGCUGCCGUCCGAGGAGUGCGUGGCCCGCUGGGUGGCGACGGAGGUGGAGCACAUGCCCAGGAAGGACUACGCCGAGCGGCUCCGCGCCGGGGGCGUGGAUCUCCGCGUGCGGACGGACUCCAUCGACUGGAUAUGGAAGGUUCACACGUACUACGGCUUCGGCCCUGUCACUGCGUGCUUGGCCCUCAACUACAUGGACCGCUUCCUCUCGCUCUACCAGAUACCGGAGGGCAAGGCUUGGAUGACGCAGCUGCUAUCGGUGGCGUGCUUGUCUCUUGCUGCCAAGAUGGACGAAACUUCCGUGCCUCAGUCCAUCGACCUGCAGGCCGGGGACGCGCGGUACGUGUUCGAGGCGAAGACGAUCCAGAGGAUGGAGCUGCUGGUCCUGAGCACGCUCAAAUGGCGGAUGCAGGCCGUCACCCCCUUCUCCUACCUCGACUACUUCCUCCACCAGCUGAGCGGCGGCAAUGCGCCGUCGAGGCAGGCCGUCCGGGACGCCACGGAGCUCAUCCUCUGCAUAUCCAGAGGGACGAGCUGCCUGGAGUUCCGGCCCUCGGAGAUCGCCGCGACGGUGGCCGCCGCCGUGGCCGGGGAAGAACACGCCGCCCACAAGCCGGCCUGCUGCACCCACGUAGAUAAGGAGCGGGUGCUGAGUUGCCAUGAAGCGAUGAUCCAGGCCACCGGCGCCACCGUGCCGCCACGUAAAACCGCAGGCCUGAUGGGCAGAGCCUACUCCCCCGGCAUGUCUGCGCCGGGGAGCCCCACCGGGGUGCUGGACCUGGACGCCGGCUACCUCAGCUGCACAAGCGACGGCGCCAGCACGACCACCACCAUGCCAUCGUCGUCGCCCGCGAGUGCGAGCUCUGCCUUCGACAGCUCCCCCGUCAGCAGCAAGAGGAGGAAGAUCAGCAGAUCAUGAUCAGGACGUGAUAGAUUCCAACCCUACCGGUCUACCCCCAAAAACUUCUUGAUAGAUUGAUUAAAGGUCUCUUCUGUGCGCGCUCAUCGUCGUCGUCUCUCGGUGGGCAAGUCAAAUGGUUUCGGUCGACUGCGAUGGCUGUGAAGCUUUUGAUGCCGCUGAAAGGCAGCUGAAAGGACCAAAGGCAGCGCGCUCUGGAGUCUGGACAUGACAAGAGAGCAAAGACGUCCAUAGAUGGAUGAAUAAACAGGGAGCCGUAGGCAGCGACAAUGGCGGUCGUUCCCAAAAGAGCAAAGGUUUUGCGCAAAGACAAAGCUGUGGAUGCGAUGAGAUGGGACGCCCGAAAAUAUAAAGACAGUGGAACAAUGCAAGAGCUAGUGACAGGCACUGACUGUCCUAGCUCUGUUUUUCUAACAGGAUAGGAGCCACGGAUGAGGCAAAAACACAUAUUUGAUCCGAGGAGGACGAAAAGAAUUCACAAUCUGAACUGCUUUCGAAAAUAUCACUGAGCUGACCCUGAGUGGAGGCCGACAGAUAGACGUCACACUAUACUGUGCAACGCUUGGCUCUUAGGCGCCACCCGUUGGUCCAGCGUGGCAGCCCGGGCCUCACUCCUGGUUGUGCAGCGCCUAGCUGAAAGGAGCUGCACUACCUUAUAUUAAAACUGUUGUAAAACUGUUGUAACUUUUAAUCCGUGCAUCCGAUAAAACGUGCCUUAUGUGAACGUUGUACAUUUUUUUCGUGUUCUA